AUGGCUGCCACUCUCUCUACUCCUCUCUCCUUCACCACCAAAACAAAGACUACACUUUCCACGCACUUUGGGCAGGAAAAGGACCGUCUAGCACCUCCAUUUAGACCAACCAGCUAUCAACAAGAAGUUGACGAGUACCGCCAUCCAACUGAGCAAGAAUAUAGAAAGAAAAUAAUGCUGUAA